AUUUAGCGUCAGUCGAGCGUUUGAAACUGGAGGCCGGGCACUUGUCAACGACAAAUCCUAUUCGACGUAGAUUCAUUGGCAAGCAUGGCGGCUUCUCAGUUGUAUUCCAUUAUUUUCAAGCAAGAACAAGCUCACGAAGACAGCAUAUGGAGUUGCUCGUGGCGACAGAAUGAGAGGGACAGAACAGAGAAUAUCGUCACAGGAGGAAUUGACGAUAUGGUUAAGAUAUGGAGAUGGUCGGAUGAGAAACUUGACCUGAAGCACGAGUUGGAAGGUCACCAGUUAGGAGUCGUCUCCGUAGAUAUGAACCAAUCUGGCACCCUGGCUGCGUCCAGCAGUCUGGACAGCCAUGUCCGAGUCUGGGAUGUGGAGACGGGCAAGUGUAUCAAGAGUAUGGACGCUGGGCCAGUUGAUGCUUGGACGCUUGCGUUCUCCCCAAACUCCCAGUUUCUGGCCUCAGGUAGUCACAGCGGUAAGAUUAACAUGUUUGGUGUGGACACUGGACGGAAGGAACAGUCUCUGGAUACCAGGGGGAAGUUCACACUCAGUCUCGCAUUUAGUCCAGAUGGCCGACAUAUUGCGUGUGGAGCCAUUGAUGGCAUCAUCAACGUGUUUGAUAUUGAGUCUGGCAAGCUGAUACACACAUUAGAAGGUCAUGCUAUGCCAAUCAGAUCGCUGUGUUUUUCCCCCGACUCUCAGCUCCUCGUAACAGGAUCAGACGACAACCAGAUCAAAAUUUAUGAUGUCCAACACGCCAACUUAGCAGGAACAUUAUCAGGCCAUGGUUCCUGGGUGUUAAGUGUGGAUUUCUGUCCAGACAAUACUCACUUCGUCUCCAGUUCCUCCGAUAAGACGGUGAAGAUCUGGAACGCUGGGUCCCGACAGUGUGUACACACAUUCUACGACCAUUCAGACCAGGUCUGGGGAGCCCGAUACAACCAUGAUGGAUCAAAGAUCGUGUCGGUGUCUGAUGACCGAGCUAUUCAUGUGUACGACUCGCCUCUCAUGUCGGGUUAAAUUAAAAACAUUCAUAAAAUUCUGUCCAUUACAUUUAUUUUCUGAAAUUUUCAUUUUAUAGGAAGCAACUUCAAUUAAUGUUACAUCAAACUUUGAAAAUGUUUUAGGUAAAAAUUAUAGGUAAAUUAAAUAAAAAAUGUAUGUUUUACUACAUGAAUGCCUCACAAAAAAUUCAUAUUUGACAAUUAAAUUUACAGUUUGAGAAUGGGAGUAUUAAAAGAGACAAUUUUUUAAUUUUUAUGAAAAAAUAACUGGGUCUAGUACAAUAUGUUCUUGGCUUUCAGAAUGUGGAGUAACGUUUUCUUAAUUAUUGAUAUUAAUUAGAAAAUAUCUACAACGACUUAUUGCCAAUCUAAUUAAAAUCUAGAUGGUUAUUAUCACUAUGUUACAUGAACAUCUAACAACAUCCCAUAAGGGGUCACGUCAGGGUGACCUUUUGGAUUAGCCAAUCAAAUGACAACUUCCAGAAUCUUCAAAGUGAAUUUUAUAUGUCCGAAUUAGCAUGACUAAAGUGCAUAGCUUGUAUAAUCUGUAAAUUUAUUUCAAGUCAUUUUGUCCCAUAAAGCAUAUAUCUAUAAACUGUGCCGAAAUGGUUUGCUUCAGAUGCAUGCUGUGACGAAUUGUUUUGCUUUGAUGAUAUCUACAAAAUACAAAUUCGCCCUGAAAGUGAAAUACACUUAUCUCAGAGGUCAUCAGAACGUGACCCAUUAUGGGAAGUUGUUAGAUGUUCAUGUAACGUAGUGAGAAUGACCAUCUAGAUUUUAAUUAGAUUGACUUAUUACUACACUGGGAUAACAUUAAAAAAAAAAAAUUUAUUAAAAAAAUCCUUUAACUUAUCCUGUAUUGUUUUUCUAUCCAGGCCAAUUUGAAUAAUUUAUCUGUUCCAGGAUACCAAUAAUAAAGUGACAAGUGUCUAUUUUAAAGAUUAUUUUUAUAGAAAGAUAGUUGUAUUUGUGGCUCAUUCAUUUUCAGAGUAGUACAACAACUGUUGUAUGUGUAUAUACCAGAUGUACAUUCACCUGCAAAAGUAAAAUGUAAACUAGUUAAACGAAAUUGUCUUGUGAAAAGACUGGUACCAGCAGUGCCCAUAAUGAUGUUAUAAUAUAGUCCAGGAGAGGGCAUCAAUAAUUGAUUGGUAUUUAUAGUUGUAAUAGAUGACAUGGGUUUACAGUUUUGCAAUAAGGUUUUCACUUACAAAGCACUGUCAUUUAUACUGAAUUUAAAUGUCAUGGCAAAGCAUUUCUGAACAGUGCUUAGUAUUAUCAAACAGAAUAAAGAUAGGUAGUUAAAUACAAUUAUAGAAGGGACUAGUAACAUUCAUUAGUUCUAUUACAUUGAUAAUGUAAUACAACUAAUGAAUGUUGCUAGUCUCUACUAAGAAUAAUAAAAAUGUUGUUUAAGGUGUUUAAUGAGACAAAACAUGCAGUAUAACAUGUAUUAAUUGGGCAUGUAUGUUUUUGUUUGCAAAAGUACAAAAUCAAAUUACAUUCAUGCACCAAUAUCAGAAAAAUAGGACAAGUACAGAGCAUAUACUCACAGUGUAUUUUUUGACAAAUGCUUGCUAGCCUGAUGUCAACUAAUGUACUUGUUGAUAGAUUUGAAGUAAACAAAUAUGCCUGAUUGAUGUACAUGUAAGCGAAGUGAGGUCAAAGGUCAAAUCUUUGUAUACGCAGAAGUGUGUUAACAUUACCGAGAACAUUUUGAAAUAUUUUUAUAUUUCUUAUAUAUAGAUUAUUACUGGUACUUAUAGCAACAGAUGUUCUAUCACAGUGAUAGUGCGGGAAAUAAUUAGUGAAAUACAUGUACUCACAAAACUGAUUAAAUUUUGUGAAAUUGGGAUGGGUGGGGGAUGCCGACAGAAGGAGGAGUGUCAUAAAUGUUUGGCCUAGGAUCUUUAUUAUAUCUCCUCCUCCAAUUAAGUGAGACAUAUGUUAGUGUUGAUUUUUUCUUGUUCUUGAAUUUUUAUGAAUAUGAGGUCCAGAUCUGUGGUCUGAAAUGAAUUGUUAGCCGUCAUAGUGAGUGCUUGUACAUAGAGAAAAUGUUGGAAGUAUGGGAGAAGGGCGUUUGUGGAGAGGGUGGGAGAAGUGAUUGUCAGAGGAUGGGAGAAGUGAUUGUCAGAGGAUGGGAGAAGUGAUUGUCGAGAGGAUGGGAGAAGUGAUUGUCAGAGGAUGGGAGAAGUGAUUGUCAGAGGAUGGGAGAAGUGAUUGUCAGAGGAUGGGAGAAGUGAUUGUCAGAGGAUGGGAGAAGUGAUUGUCAGAGGAUGGGAGAAGUGAUUGUCAGAGGAUGGGAGAAGUGAUUGUCAGAGGAUGGGAGAAGUGAUUGUCAGAGGAUGGGAGAAGUGAUUGUCAGAGGAUGGGAGAAGUGAUUGUCGAGAGGAUGGGAGAAGUGAUUGUCAGAGGAUGGGAGAAGUGAUUGUCGAGAGAAAUAACGAAUGAUGGCUACGUAUUAUUAUGUCAAUAAAUUUAACAAAUGUGAA